AUGCCGUUUACGGUUGCUUCCUGUCAUCAGAAGAGAGUAGAAAUGGCAAGCUCGACAUCUGGAGCGGUUUAUAUACAUGAUUCAUUGAUGCUACAGUCAGUCCUAGGUCUGCUUGGAAAUGCUGCGUCAGGCUUUAAGAAGGUCGCUAGCGAUUUACUGAUCAGAAGCGAGGGCGGAACGCUCCCGUCUCAAUGUCCAAGUUCGCCUGUCGAUCGGAGCACUCCCACAAAUCCUUAUCGAUUGCUCACGUUUUAUUCAAUCAACGCUGCGAAAAGAUCGCAUCCUAAGGUUUUAAAUUAUAGAGCGAAGCAGAUAUCAUCAUGGCCAUUUAUCUCCCAUAUUGGCAAUGUAGAUCACGAGCAAUCUUUGGAAGCAAUUUCUCUUAAAAGCGUUAGACACGAUGGAGCUGUCUUGGUGAUUGGAUUACAAGCGGGUUGCAUCUAUUUCGAAAACAAUAUCUACUACCCCGACUACGAAAUAACUGCAGUUGGCUGUCUGGAACAAUUCCAGUUCCGCACUGAAACGAAUGCGCUCAUUGUGGAGAAUGGGUUUCAGCGGAGCGAGGACCUUGAAUCCGCACCCGAAAAUUUUAUCUGGACAUUAUCAGAUCACUUCUCUUCUCCAUAUACCGUGGAGCGGAGGUUCAGCAAUUUAUUGAUCCAAAGGAACAAUGGAUUCAGGAGUGUGGCCGCGAGCGAGUAUUCACAUCGACUUUGUGACAGCAUUCUCUUCCGUGAUGGAAACUACCCAAAUAUCUACUUUGUUUGGCUGACGACAUGUCUCAUUUGCUAUUGCAGCCCUUGGCCUCAUUAUUUGGAGGUUAUGCGGAAAUCGAUGGACGGGAGUGGGGCCUCUUUAAUGCCUGGCGGCAUUCGUAGAUUUAGCGAAUUCGUACCAGGUGCGUUAAUUCUGGUACAGCUUUCGUUUCGCACCCAUUUGCAACCGCGGCAGGCCAAAUGCAGCUUGUACGAUGAAUCAUAUCAAACCUUGAAUUCCGAGCGGCAAUUCGAUGAGGCGAUUAGACAACGGGCGCAGGAACUGAUAAUAUUCGCGAGGUUGGUUUCUCAUUGUUGUUUAAUUCACUCCUGGUUCUUCAAUUUUGGGAGAGCCUUAGAAGGGAAAACACUACCGAACGUUUCCAGCGCCAAGUACAACAUUGAAGAGAGAGAACUUUGA